AUGCUCACAGAGGUAGAACAGGAAAUAAGGCGCAAGGUGGAGCGCGAGUUCAACAUCAUCCAAGGAGCUACUCAGCUCAAGAAGAAGACGGAUAAUGUGAUGGUAAUUCAAAAGUGUAAUACUAAUAUUCGAGAAGCGCAGCAAAAUAUCCAUUACCUGGAGGAAACGCUGAAAAAACUGCAAUUGAAGAGCAGUAGCGACACAAGAAUUGCUACAGAAACACCGGCCAAUCAAGCUUAUGGUCAAUUAUCUACCAUUGCACCAGACGAACACAUUUUUUCACGUUUGGAUCUGAUGAAGUAUGAUUGUCCGUCGCUUUCUCAGCGAAUUCAGUACAUGUUGCAACAGUUGGAGUUUAAGCUACAAGUAGAAGAACAGUAUCAAGAGGCCAAUGACAAGCUCACCAAGCUCUAUCAAAUUGAUGGAGACCGCCGCAGCAGCUCUGCAGCAGAGGGUGGCUCUAAGGAGUCCAAACUGAGGAUUAAUCUGCUGAAAAAGUCUCUCAAAAAAUAUCAAGCAAUCAACGUGGACUUAGAUCAGUUCAAACAUGCAGCUGAUCAACUACAGGUUUCUCAGCCCAAGUUUAGGCGGAACCAGCUCACUGGAACACUGACAAUUGCGAUCAAUGCCAUUCGUGAUGUAGAUCAUGUCCAAUCCCCCAUGUUCUCGCGCAAGCCUGAUACUUUUGUAACUAUCAAGAUUGAUGACACACUACAAGCCAGAACCCGUGUUUCGCGGACUGAUAGGUGGCAAGAUGAAUUCAAUAUUGCUGUUGGAAAGGGCAAUGAAAUCGAAAUUACCGUUUACGACAGAGUGAAUGAUCAGACUGUACCUGUAGCGCAAAUGUGGUUACUUCUUUCCGAUAUCGCAGAAGAGAUACGUAAAAAGAAGGCUGGGCAAACAGGCCAGAUUGAUUGGAGUCAUGCAGCGAGGGUUACGAGCCCUCCCCUGGGCACGGAAUCAGGACACAUUACCAACGACGCCGCAAAGGGACAUGUCACUGACACAUCUAAUGAUGGCUCUCCAUUAAAACCAGUUUCCACAAGCUUGUGGUUUGUGCUCGAACCUGCUGGCCAGAUUUUAGUGAAUCUUGGUUUUAGCAAAUCGAGCGCACCUACGAACAAGCACUUAACUGGAGGUUUGCAUAGGCAUGGAGCCAUCAUUAAUCGAAAAGAAGAAGUUUAUGAGCAACAUGGUCAUCAUUUUGUCCACAAAUCGUUUUACAAUAUUAUGCGAUGCGCGUAUUGCGGAGACUUCUUGCGGUACUCUGGCUACCAAUGUCAAGAUUGUAAGUUUCUCUGUCAUCGCAAGUGCUACAAGCAUGUUGUAACUAAAUGUAUCGCAAAAGCUAGCUCCGACGCAGAUUCUGAGGAGCCCCAGCUUAAUCACUGUAUUCCACACAGAUUUGAGCCUGUUUCAAAUAGAGGCACAAAAUGGUGCUGUCACUGUGGAUACAUCCUUCCUUGGGGUAAGAAACACCUACGAAAAUGCUCCGAGUGUGGCAUUAUGUGCCACACCCAAUGCGCCCAUCUUGUUCCAGAUUUUUGUGGCAUGUCCAUGGACAUGGCAAAUCAAAUACUGACUGCUAUCCAAGAUACCCGGAAGUCACAACAGGAGAAAAUCCGAUUGCAGGCGAAAGUUACUCCUGAACUAAUUAAUCAAAAGCUAGGGCGUGAGGGCGGCAGUCCUAGUAAAGCAACACUAAUCUCGGAGAGGGGCAAGCCACUACCGCUAUCGCCAACGCACACCGACUUUGCUAAUAUUAUUGCGAGAGAUAGACCGACAGAAUUGACAGACAAGGAAAGGUUCAAUUUAGAGCCUACAGAGGUUUACAAGGCACAGGAAGUGAAAGCAAUUGUACCAGAAGGACAUAGGGAUAAAUUGCGGAACAGCAGACUGAAUAAUUUCAUCGAGGAGAAUACCGAUUACAAGGCAUUUACCGACGGCGCUCACCAUGCUCAAUCCGCCGAGCCUGACGAAGGUGGUCGAACCUUAGAUCCGGCGUACGCUUAUGAUAUCGUCGAAGGUAAGCUUAAGCUACCAAUUGGUGACGACAGCCAUCUCGGUUGGGGUGAUCGAACAAAAGAAGAGCAAGAGUACCUAAAUCACACAUCUCCCUCACUUGAUACACCUCACGACGUGCGCGACGUUACGAUAAUGGACCUAGACACAAAGGGCCCUCAGUAUGGAAAAAUCGAAAGCCUUCGCAACAACUCUCAUGGUCCAUUGUCAUCAACCUUACAGCCUCAAGUGGAUUCGUUUACUUUACCACAUGCUAAUCAGCAGGCCAUUAUACAGGAAGAUUCAUUGGCUCUGCAAAUUGAAAAGCCAUUAGUAUCUGCCGAUGAAUCGGAAGCCCAACACCCGUCCGAAACUCUUCCCGCAUCCCGCUCUCCCCAGCAUCCUCAUACAACUGGUAAGCAUAAGAAGCGAACCCCCAAGCGUCGGAAGAUUUCUUUGGAUGAUUUUGUCCUUUUGAAGGUAUUAGGAAAGGGGAACUUCGGGAAAGUGUUACUCGCCAAAUCAAAGAACAACGAACGCUUGUGUGCCAUCAAGGUUUUGAAAAAGGACCACAUUAUAAAAAAUCACGAUAUCGAGAGCGCUCGCGCUGAAAAGAAGGUCUUUUUGCUGGCUACCAAGGCCAAGCACCCAUUUUUGACGAACCUUUAUUGCUCGUUUCAAACUGAAAAUCGUAUUUAUUUCGCAAUGGAGUUUAUUGGCGGUGGCGAUCUAAUGUGGCAUGUUCAAAAUCAAAGAUUAUCUGUAAGAAGAGCAAAAUUCUACGCUGCUGAAGUGCUUUUGGCCUUGAAGUAUUUCCACGAUAAUGGUGUCAUCUAUCGAGAUUUGAAACUUGAAAAUAUUCUAUUAACCCCGGAAGGUCAUAUCAAGAUUGCUGAUUAUGGGUUGUGCAAGGAUGAGAUGUGGUUUGGAAAUAAAACUUCGACAUUUUGCGGCACACCCGAAUUUAUGGCCCCAGAGAUUUUGAAAGAGCAAGAAUAUACUAAGGCAGUUGAUUGGUGGGCUUUUGGCGUAUUAUUGUAUCAGAUGUUACUUUGCCAAUCUCCUUUCUCCGGUGACGACGAGGACGAAGUAUUCAAUGCCAUUUUGACUGACGAACCACUAUAUCCAAUUGACAUGGCCGGAGACAUAGUUCAAAUUUUCCAAGGUCUACUGACAAAAGAUCCCGAGAGGCGCUUAGGUGCUGGUCCUCGAGACGCUGCGGAAGUCAUGGCCGAACCGUUUUUCAGGAAUAUCAAUUUCGAUGACAUAAUUAACCAAAGAGUUCAGCCUCCAUACAUUCCCGAAAUCAAAGCUGCUGAUGACACUUCUUACUUUGAGAAGGAAUUUACAUCAGCCCCUCCAACCUUGACACCAUUACCUUCGGUUUUGAGCUCUAACUUGCAAGAAGAAUUCCGAGGGUUUUCGUUCAUGCCCGAAGACUUGCUUCUGUAA